AUGCUGAGGGAAGAAAUGAAUGAUCUGGUGGACGACAUCGUGGGCGUGCAGCUGGAGCCCUCAAGCUUGAGGUUUAUGUUACUGUUGCUCCUACUGUAUACGUCUGAAUGGAGAUUCAUGUGCUGUUGUUGCUGCUGCAGCAGCUGA